AUGUCGAGAGAAGAUCCCAUCAAAGCGGAAAAGGACUUUUCAGCCACCCUAGAUGAGCAAUUUCCACUCAUUGAAAAGAUACCAGACUACAAGCAACAGUUGGACAAGUAUUUGGUGUUGGAGAAGCAAACACGUCAAUCCUCUGAUUUGGCCUCGUCAAAGAGAGUAUUGAGCAAAAUUGUAUCUACCUUGGUGUAUAAUAAUGACUGGGACUAUCUAAACGAUUUGAUUGUCAUUUUAUCCAAAAAGCAUGGUCAAUUAAAGUCCUCAAUCCAAGCAUUUAUUCAAGAUGUGACUGCCAAUUUGUCGAAAUUGGACGAAUCAAAGGAAAAGGAAUUAGAAACAAAGAUGAAAGUGAUUGAUACGAUAAGAACAGUUACAGAUAAGAAGAUCUUUGUUGAAGUUGAGAGAGCUAUUGUGUCAAAACAAUUAGCUGAAAUUUAUCUCAACAAGAAGCAUGAUUUGGACAAGGCAGUCGAGAUCUUGUGCGACUUGCAGGUUGAGACAUAUUCGUUGAUGCCAUUUAGUGACAAAAUUGAGUACAUUUUGGAACAGAUUAGACUAACAUUGCAGAAGGGUGACUACAACCAAGCAAAGAUAUUGAGUAGGAAGAUUUUGUUAAAGACCUUAAAAGGCUUUGACAAAGCAGAUGAGUUCAAGACGACAUACUUGAAAUACUUGAUUGAUAUAAACACGUUUGAUUACGAUUAUAUAUCAAUUGUCAAGAAUUUGUUGUUAUUGGUUGAAAUUCCGUUAGUACAAGAGUCAGAAAGCUAUAAAGAUUACCUUGUGCAGACCAUCUAUUAUAUAAUUCUUUCCACAUCAGACCCUCACCAAAUUGACUUGAUUAAUAGGAUCCAAAAGAAUCCCGUUUUCAAAAAGAAUGUCGCCACGAAGGUAUUUAAAUUGUUGGAAAUAUUCUCCGCCGAUGAGUUGAUUCAUUGGACAAACAUCGAAUCUAUUUACAAAGAUCAAUUUGAAAAGUCGUUUAUUUUCAAAGACGCUAAGAAUUACCAAAACUUACAAAAGAGAAUAAUCGAGCACAAUUUGCGUGUUAUCAACAAGUUUUAUCAAUGCAUUCAAUUGGAGAGAUUGGCUUACCUUUUACAAUUAUCAACUGAUGAAUCAGAGAAAUAUGUAAGUGAGCUUGUAAAUGAUGGAAUGAUUGUAGCCAAGAUCAAUCGACCAAAGGGUAUAGUGAAAUUUGACAAGACAAAACGUGUUGAAGGAAGUGACCCACGCACAAGUGACAACCAUAUUAACGAUUUGCUAAAUGAUUGGUGCUUUGAUGUGGAUAAGUUGUUAGAAGAAGUUGAUUCAAUUGGUCAUUUGAUAAACAAAGAGGAAAUGAUGCAUGGUAUUAAACAGAAAGUAUAG